AUGGCUCCCCUCCGCGGCACCGCGCUGCCGGCCUGCCUGGCCGCCGCGCUCGGGCUCUGCUUCCUGUCGAGUGCCUUCCUGGCGCCCGCGCCCUCGGCUCGUCCGGCCGCCCCGGUGGCCGCCGCGCGGGGGCAGGUGGCCCUCGCCGCGCGCGGCGGCGACGAGUACGACGUCAGCGACGCCGACAUCCAGGCGUUCUACGAGGGCACGUUCACCCGCUACAGCGGGCAGUGGAAGGGCCCGCCCCCCGGGGGGAUCGGCAAAAGGGACAUCUCCGUCGGCAUUGCGGGCCUCAAGGAGCAGAUGAAGCUGGGCAAGCACGUCGUCAAGGGCGGCCCCGGGAAGGACGAGACUCAGAAAGUAAAAGACGACGGAAAGGGCUGGGUCUGGCUGGCCGCCGACAUGAGCCCUGGUGGUCUGGCGGUGCAGUUGUACACUUCCGUGCCGUACGGCAAGCGCCCGCUCUUGGUCGCCAAGCGCGACGACGUGGACGGCAUGUUCGAGAAGGUGAAUUGGGGCAUCAUGGACAAGCGCAUCGACACGACCAUGGGCGGACCCCAG